UUUGAACCAGUUUCAACUGGUUUUUGCUGGCUCCGUCAUCAUUUCGCGCGCGCAUGACGAACUGUCAAAGAUACGUUGAAAAGUGUAACUCACCCUGUAUUAUAAAUUAUGAUUAAGUAUAAAAUUAAACUUGAAUUUUAGUGAGUGUAAUAUACAACUUUGAAGUUGGUUUCUUGUUAGUUUAACUUCGCUGUUGUUUAUUUUAGUUGCUUAAAUAAACUUUGUAAAUAUAAGUGUGUAUUUAUGUAAGUGAUUUAUUAAUGGUUAAUGGAUUUUAAAAGCUCAGACCAUGAAAACGUGAAGGUGUGGAAAAAAUACAAAAUUACCAAAUGUAAUCGUCAAGAUUUUGUGCAGUGUUCAGGCGGUCGUGUAGUGUAAAAAUGUAAAAUGGAGAGUUCUAUGCGGGCGAGUCCAACUCGAGUCUUGUCCCUGUGGACUUUGCUGCUCGGAUGCUGUAAUAUUGCAGGUCUCCGGCCGACACCGAGUGUCAUAGCGGACUCCCUAGACAUAGUGAAAGUGUCAGCGGUGUCAGGCGGCGACGCGACACUGCCUUGCGACACUCGCUCUACACAGGCGUCUGAUGUGCUGUUACUCGUCGUUUGGUAUAAAAAUGAUGUACCUUUGUAUAGUUACGAUGGCCGUAUAAAGGGACCUUCAGCACAUUGGGCGGACGACGUGUUGGGCGGGCGGGCGCGGUGGCACUCGGCUAGUCCGGCGUCCCUCAGGAUCCGUGACGUCAUACCUACUGAUCGAGCCAUGUAUCGCUGCAGGGUAGACUUCAAAAUAUCGCCCACGAGGAAUCAUAAGAUCUUGUUGGAUGUUAUUGAGUUACCAGAAAAGCCGAAGAUUUUCGACGAGUUUGACAAAGAAGUGGUCGGUGUGGCCGGCCCUUACAUAGAAGACACAAGUUUAAAGCUUACCUGUGUUGUAAGUGGAGGUAAACCAAUGCCUCGCAUUCGCUGGUGGCGUGACGACAAAGUCAUAGCGACCGUCGCACCAGUGGACGACGAGUCGCGCAUCAGUCUUCUAGAGUUGAGGAUACCGAAGCUCUCGAGGGACUACUUCGAAGCUGUUUACACUUGCACGGCAGACAAUACCGUGCUAGUCCCGCCUUUGAGGGUCAAUGUGCAGAUACAAUUGUAUUUGCGACCACUAUUCGUGGAGAUCCUAGCUCGGGAACAGCCGUUAUCAGUGGGGCAGGCAGCGGAGCUAGCAUGCAGGGCAGUCGGAGCCAGACCUCCGGCCGUCAUCACGUGGUGGAUGGACGAGCGGCAGAUGUCCGUCGCCGCUAUACAGAAGAAUUCAGACGACAAAAACGAGACGAUAUCAUACCUUCGCUGGACGCCUCGAAUGGAUCAAGAUGGCCGCACGCUCACCUGCAGAGCGGCGCACGUCAAACUAGAACACACGACGAUAGAAACUAGUGUCACGCUCAAUUUGCACUAUGUUCCAAUAGUGACACUUCAGUUGGGCUCCAAGAUGAACCCGAAUGAUAUAGAAGAGGGUGAUGACGUGUACUUUGAAUGCAUGGUGCGUUCCAACCCUCCAGCUUAUAAAGUUGUUUGGGAACAUAAUGGCCAAAUAAUGACACACAACCAGCGGGCCGGCGUCAUAGCAGGCUCAGCGAACCUCGCCUUACAAGGCGUGAACAGAAGUCAGGCGGGGAAGUAUGCCUGUACUGCCUCGAAUGUAGAGGGUGACGGGAAAUCGCUGCCUGUUAACCUACAAGUUAUUUAUAAGCCAGUAUGUCUAGCUACAUCGGUGGCUAUAGUUGGUGCUGCGAUCAAUGAACCUACCAAAGUAACAUGCGAAGUGGACGCCUUCCCACCUCCGAAGAACUUCCAGUGGACGCUCAAUAAUUCCAUGGGAACUUCGGAAAUUGAGCCCGAUAAAUUUAUUUUGAAUGGAGUGGGGAGGUCGGUGUUAUUUUAUACUCCGGCAUCGGAGAAGGACUAUGGGUCCCUGGCUUGUAGAGCGACGAACCUUGCUGGUCAGCAAGUGGAACCGUGUAGAUACUCCUUACUGCCAGCAGUGAGACCAGACCCGUUGAACAACUGUUCUACUGUCAACCUGACUGAUGAUUCCGCAGAAAUACGAUGUGUGGCUGGUUACGAUGGUGGUCUCCAAACAUCGUAUUUCGUGGAAGUAUGGGAGUCGAAGAAUUUAGUAGCAAAUGUAUCCACUGCGCUACCAGCGUGGAUACUCCGAGGUUUGGGGUCAGGCAAGAGUCUGAAGCUAGUAUUCUACGCGUCGAAUGCUAGAGGAAGAUCAGAGACUGUCGUCAUGAGGAUUAAUACUCUGACACGACUGGCUUUGCAUACAGAAGCGAAUUCCGGUAAAGCCGUAAGCGUAGACGCUAGCUGGGCGCUGGGAGUGAUUGCUGGUAUUGCUGGCACACUCGUCGCCAUAGUGGUUAUAGCUCUUCUGGCGAGGAGAAGACACCAUCCACCUAUGCAGUAUGAAGCUCCUAUGCAGACGGUGAAGGCGUACAAAGGCGCGAUACAAAGCACCAACCAUUCUCCGGUACAGCCUGACGAUAAAAAUCCUGAUGUGGUACCUCUGGGUAAAGGUAAUAUAGAUUUCAACAAUGGUCGUGACUUGGAGCGACCCCCCGAGCCCCCUCCUUACGGGGCCGUCAUAUCUCCUCCUGUGGGGUCCUCGCGAAGCUCUAACAGUCUUCAUCAUCAUGACAUGAGGCCUGUCACGCCACACACGCCAAUCACUCCUGCUUCGGAUGCCCAUAGUAUCGGAACCUUGGCAGAAGACCGCAGAAGCGUGACGAGCGGUACAUUUUCUAGACGGAGAGAAGUGGUGACUACUAGAACACCGUUGUUAGCAAAUGCCAGGGAAAGUUGCGUCUAGUGUAAACUACUAUUAAGUAAGCAUUUACGCUGAAGGGAACAUGUUACUAUUUUGUUUUCUAGAAUAUUUUUUUACUAUUUAGGAUUAGGUCUGUGAUACGGCUUAACGUAUAUUUCGGGUGCGGUGGAUUGAUUUUUUUUUUUAUAUUUUUAUGAAAUGUGUAAAAAUAUUUUCGAGUUUUUAAUUAAAGGAUUGGUUUUUAUUAUUUUACUGGAUAUAAUAGUUUUCAUCAGAUGCUGUUUUUUUUAUAACAGAUUGCUUUGUUUUAAGUUACUUUUCUAUUUAAAUGUUUGUUGAAAUACUUCAUUAAUGCUUCAAUUCUGCACUGUUUUUAAUUGUAUUUAUUUGCAUUUAUUUUAAAGACAUAACGAUCGAUAUUUUUGUAUAUAUACAUCGAAGUAAAUUGUGAAAGACUGUUAUUUAAAACAUGUUCCCUUUGGCGCAAAACGAAUGUAAAUUAGUUAAAAUAUUUGUUUUAUAGUCAAUAAAUAUUCACUUUCAAAAAGAGAUAUAUCUAUCUAAGUAAAUAUUAAGUGUAAUUAAUGUUCUGAAAACUGGCACUAUUCUAUCAUAGAUUAACUGAUGAUCUGAUGGUAUACAUACGUAUAUAUAAAUUAUAUAAUUCGAGAUAUAUUUUAUUUCUUCUACAGAAAUUAUAAAUAUGAACAUUAAAAUAAGUUUUGAUAUCAGAAUCAAACAUAUCAUUUUAACUUUCUAAGUCAGUACAAAAUACCCACUGCUUUUUUAAUCUUUUUCUUGACUCAACUCCAGUAGUAAGAAAAUAGAUGUGUAUAGUUGAAAAUCUACACAUUCUAGGCAAUAACACGCAAGGAACAUAACAUUUGGACUGUUUGGAUAAACAAUAAAUAAGUAUACCACAUAAUAUAUACAAUCAGAAACGCACAAGCAAUCGGAUCGGAAAAAAAAAUAUUGCUCGUAAAUAAAUAUGCAAAAAUAACUUAAACAGCUGAAUAACCAAUUACCAUCAGUCCAUUUGACACCUAAAUACAUAUCCCAAAUACAAAUCUGAUAACUAAAAGACAAAUCUAAUACCCACAAUGUUAGGCAGAUGUGCCAACUGUAUUAAAAUCGAAGCGGCGCAAGCAAGCCCAUCCACAUUAAUUUUUUGGGCAUGGCUCCAAAAACCAUACAUAAUUUUCACAAAAGAUCAGUUUGCAUCAAAUUUUAAUUGUCAUUACAUUAGAGUAACAACUUUGUAUGGGUACCUAAUUAGAUUUUUUAUUUGUUUAUUAAACUGCAACUAUUGUAUGCGCUGUAUAUUAUGGUUCAAAUCAUGGUGUUCACUGAGAGUAUUUUUAAACACUUGUUUCCAAAUUAUUAAGCCUCUUCUUUUUAUUCCUGCCGCUUCCAAUCUUACUUCAGAUCAGCGCAAUAUGUUUUCCUCCUCCAUUCCUCUCUGUUCGACCUUAUACUAACAUUCUCUUCCUUUGUAUUCAUGUAAUCUUUGGUAUUCCUUUCUCUCUGCAUCCAUUCAUACUCAAUCUUACUUUUUGUAGCAAAACAACAAACACAGUUUUUUUCUGAUACAUUUUUUAAACAAUUAUUCAUUUUAAAAGACCUAAAUAAGAUUAUAUUAAAGUGAAGGAGUAAAAUAUAUUUCGAAUACUUUUAGUAAGUACGAGAAAUCACUAUAUACCUAAAUAGUACAUGUGUUCAUUAUUUCGUUUUCCCCUAAAACUAAGUGCCCUUCUUAAAAUAUGAGUAGUUUCAAUUUUUUAUGGACAUCAACAAUGGUCCUCGUGUUAUUGUUUUCUUAGACAUUAUAUAAAAAUAUAUAUAUAUGACAGUUAACUAAUUAUUUAAUUUUACAUAAAAAUCUUAAAUUAUUUUUAUUCAAUACUUAAUUUAGUCAGUAGGUAAUUGUUUUUUUUUUAACAUAAUUUAGUUCACGAAUUGUGUUAUUUUCGAACUCGAUAUAUAUUUUUUUAAAACCUAAUAGUUUCAAACUGUAAAUAUAUUUAUACUUUCAGAAACUGGCUCAAUAAUUUUAUAUAAAUAUUAUAUCACUAUAAAGUCUAAAAUGUUGAUAAAAACAAUCGUUUACAAAUAUUAUGAGGUUUUUGUAUUUAUUUGUAUCAAAUACCGUGUUAUUGGAAUUCAACAGUUUGUAUGAAAUGUAGACAAUAAAUUGAAUACUUACUUUUUAUUUAACUUUUAUUAUCUCAAAGGCUUUUAGUUGGACUGAACGAAAGAUAGGUAUCAAGUAAAAUAUAUACAUGAAAUGAAAGGCAACAGGUUCGAUAUACAUAUAUAUCUGUAUAUGUAUAUACUUUUAAUGAACGCUUCAGCUAUCAAAAUUUUGCAAGCGAUGAUAAUUCAGCUUGAUUGAGAAGUGACAUUUUAUCGUAAAAUUCUCUUUUGAAAUGAAACUUUCGAUGUAUGUCCAGUAUAGUGGUACUGAUUUCUUUUUAUUUUUUGCGAAAAAUUGUGAAUUUGAUACAUUUUAAUAAUUGGCGUAUGCUUUAGACCGUGUGUUAUUUUCUCCUAUCUUGGUGAUUGGUUUUCAGUUCAAAGAUUUUAUUUUAUGUGACACAAUAAAAUGUUUUAAUUUGAACACUCGUUGUUAAUUAUUUAAAAGAUACUUAAGAAAACUUCUUUUCAAAAUACGCAAUUAUUAUUUUUACCUGAAUGUUGGUUGAAAAUUGGUAACCUACAUAGUUUAGCCUACAAAACAAAAAGCGUUAUAUAUUUUACUUCAAGUAUAUGUAUACAUCAUAACUUGAAUAUAAAUUAGAUUAUAAGUAAAUAAUUAUAAUUGACUUUGAAUUUCUAUAAAUAAUGUUAAAAAAUGAAUACACUGUGAUGCUAUAAAAUUUAUAACUCUCUAAAUUAUGAAUUACAUUCAUAAUUUUAAUAUGUAAGUGUAAAUAAUAACAUACUAUGAAAGUGUUGUCGGUUCUAGGGAAAAAUGGCCCUAGUGAAAUAAAUUAGAAAUUUUGUGUAUUGUACAUAGUAUUAACAUAUAUGUGAAGAAAUAUUAUAAAUAAAAAACAAUUAAAUGUUAAUAAACUCCGCUAGUUUAUUUGCGAUAGUUAUUAUUAUUUUGUAAAGUUGAUAAGUCGUUUUUACUACGAAUAUUUGUUAAUUCAAUAUUUUUUUUAUACUUAACAUAGUUUAUCAUAAUUGCGUGCAAACAGAAAAAAUAUCUGAAAUGUAAACAUAAUUGAAAAUUACAAAAUUGAUUUAACCAAAAUAUAUUUUCACUAAAAUAAACAUGACCACAAAAUAUCGUUUAUAAUGCAUACCAAAAUAUUUAAUUCUGAUUGUACUAAAUUAUUUGCUAAGUUAACAUUAUGAAAAUUUAUAAUUUAAUUGUCCACAAUAUUUCAAAACAGUUAAUUUUCAACUUAUUGAACGAGUUAUUACAAAGACAAGCUUGUAAAGCCGGUGAAAAUCUUCAGCAUAUUUUUAUUAAAAUUUCUUUAAACGAAACCCAUUACUUUGUCGCAACAGAAAAUUUAAAACAAUUCAAAGACCAUUUUACAUGAAACAAAAUGAUAAAAUGUGUCCGCAAAUCAAAUAAAAGUUUUAUAUUAAAAAUUGUAAUACCUUUUUCAUUUCCUGACAACAUAAUGUGGUUAUACCGUUCAGCUUCAGGACGACCAUGGUAAGUGCAGUCUACGAAUACGUUGUAUUACUGUAGGUACAUUUUCCCCGCCUGAAUACAUCUGCCACGAAAUUUUAUACGAGUAAUAAAACUCAGUUACGACCCCACAUUUAUAGAAAAUAUUGUGGACUAUUAAACGCCAUGUUAUUUCAAUAUCUGUUUAAUAUACAAAUUAUUUACUUACUACUCGUAUAUUUUAUUAUUGGUUAUUUUAAAUGUUUUAAUAUGUUCGUUUGUACAGAUUGUUUGGUUGGUAUCAAAAAAAAUACGUAUAAUUUCAGUGAUUUUUCAGAGACUUCUUGACAUAUCGUAAUUAUUAAGAUAUGUGUAAUACUUCUUGGAAUAAAUUUGCUUAUCGGCAAAUGAA